UGAGGUUAAGUCUAAUAGGCCGCUCCUAGCUUCGGUCAAUUGGGCGCGCGCGACGCUCCCGUUCAGUCGUAAACGUAUUGUCCUGCGCGAAGUUCUAUACAGUGCAGCGAGCAUGGGUGAGCUCUGGCUACGAGCGUGGACUUUGCGGUUCGUAGCGCUGACGACGCUGCUGCAUUUUGUGUACGGCUCGCUGCUACCGCUCGAGACGGAGCGCCUACGCGCGAGUGUGGGUGGUUAUGCUGUGAUGAAUUGUCAUCUCGAUUUUCCAUUCGGCAACGAAAUACCAUAUCAUCUACAAUGGGAUAAAGAUGGCGAAACUAUCUUCUCUUGGUACAGCGGCGAAGGAGAGCCGCAAGUGGCAGACCGGUGGGGAGGACGAGUGCGGCGCGUGGGCGGGCACGGGCUCGGCGGUGGCUCCGUCAACGUGAGCGCGGUGCGCGAGACCGACGCCGGCCUUUACCAUUGCCGCGUCACCUUCCCUAAUCGCACUCCACCCGCGCGCAACAAUGGGACGUUCUAUUACUUAGAUGUCGACGGUGGUAAUUUAAUCGUUACACCGCCAAUGAAUGUAACGGUUCUCGAAGGAAAGCGUGCUGAGCUUGAAUGCCUUCCCAAGAGUCCUGAAUGGGUUGUGCAGUGGUAUCGUGAGGGAAUGCCUAUUGAGGCUUUGCCAGAGCUGGCGUUGCGUUCGGAGUUAGCGAUUAAUGGCAGCUUAAUUUUGCGGCAUACGAUCAGCACCGACCUGGGCGAGUACGAAUGUCGUAUCAGUGCGCCUGAUGGUCAAAUGCAGAGUGCUAGUGGAUUUUUGGACGUUCAGUAUAAAGCAAAAAUUGUUUACUCACCAAAGGAAAGGUUUCUACCAUAUGGAAAAUCAGCUAGUCUUGACUGCCACUUCAGCGCUAAUCCCCCUUUGACGAAUCUGCGCUGGGAAAAGGAUGGAUUUUUAUUUGACCCUUACAAUGUACUCGACGUUUUUUAUAGCAGAAAUGGAAGUCUUCUUUUUAAUCGCGUUGACGAAUCUCACGAAGGGCUAUAUUCGUGUACGCCGUACAACUCAUUGGGUUCCGAGGGUUCGUCGGCUGGCGUUCGUGUGCGCGUGCAACGGCCUCCGGCUCUAGCAGCGCGUCCGCAGCCCUUGUAUCUCGUAAGACUCGGUGCUACGGUGAAUCUGCCUUGCACUGUAGCUACAGAGCCUUAUUAUGCAUUGCCAUCCAUCCGUUGGGCAAAGAAAGAUGGCAGUGAACUACCUGAAGGACGAUACUCAUUAAUGGAAGGAAAUCUUACUAUUAAUGACGUGCAAGAAGAGGAUCGUGGUGUGUACAUAUGUACGGUGAGCAAUGAGGCGGACGAGCUCACCGUGGAGACUGAGCUGCUCAUUGAGAACGUGCCGCCUCGCGCUCCUUACAAUCUCACCGCUCGGGCUUCCUUUGAAUCUAUUCAUCUCUCUUGGGUGCCUGGUCACAACGGUGUCGAUGUGGAGUAUAAUGUAUGGUACCGCGAGCGUUCAGAAAGCGAGUGGCGAACUAUGAAGAUCCUGUCCCGCGGCGUCACCGACGCUACGCUGGUGGGGCUGCGAUCCGCAACCGAUUACGAGCUCCGUGUUCUGUCACAGGACUAUAUCGGCGACGGGCUUUUUAGCAAGCCGAUUUUCGUACGAACGCUAGAUCCAGAACUACGGGAGGAUGAAAGUGAAACCAUGUUUGCCGUGGCGGUGACAGAAAGCGCGACGAGUACGGGCGUAUUUAUUGGAACCAGUGGGGCAGUGGCUGGCGAAGGAGGUCCGGGUGAGCUGGCCGUAAAUGUACGUCUCAUCGAGGAAGGUGUCCUCGUGCGUUGGAGUCGUGAGCCUAGUGAAAGCGCGCGUUGUACGCUGCGCUGGUACGAUGCUGGCGAACCCGUGCAUCGUCUCCUCGCCACUGUUAGCACGCUACAGGAUUAUGUUCUCGUAAGCGAAGUGGAGGAAGGUGCCAGCUACUGGGCUCGCGUGCAAUGCGCGAAUGCGCAGGGCGGUGCUGCCCUGCACGUGCCGGAGUACGCCCGGCUGCGUGGCGUAGCGGUAGGGUCGGCGGCAGCGGCGCUGCUGUUAGCUGCGCUUGCCGCCGCGCUGUGCCUGGCGCGCCGCCGUCUGCGUCCUCACUCACUCGACAAGCGGACGCGCUGACAGUAGCUGCCGGAUACUAGUUCGAAAGUUGACUUUUCAGUGUUAGCUUAAGUAUGUAAUAUAAUUCUAAGGCGUUUUUUCUAUUAGAUCUUAUUAAACGAAACAAAAUAGACUAUGACGUACCUUAGUAUAUAUAUUUUUUAAUUUUAAUGAUUUAUUUACAAUUUUUUUUUUGUAUUGUUUACAUUUUAAAUUAGAAACAAAAACAUUGUGUAUUUCUUUAGGAUAAUCAGGUCACCGAAAUGAAGCAAGUUCUAGAUUAUACUGCUUAGUGCGCUAAUGUAGUAUGUGUAUGUAUGUAUCCCUAUUUGAGUAAAAAAGAAUAUAACUAACUGCUUCAACGUUAAAGAAGCUUGCUCGCUAUUUUUCUCAGGUGCUGCUUAUCCAAAAGCAAGCUUACCAUGUAUCUGAAAUUACCGCAGAAAUUACAUGUUCAUUGUUAGUAAAGUUGGUGCCGAUAUCAGUAAUGUUAUCAGUUCGUGCAGCAUUACUUCAGGUUUUCCAGUUUGAAACAUAAGCCGUCGACUUAGAUGAAAAAAUGCUUCUGUACUUAAAUCGCUGCUUACUUCGAAAUUAUACAUGAGUGUAAUAAUACAAUUCAAUUUUCUUUACCUACUUGAAACUCGUGCAGGGAUUGAUACGGCUGGUACAUGUACCAGGCUCACAUAGCCUUAUUGUGCUAAAGCUUAAGUACUCACUUAUCGUCCAGACGAUUGUCGUACAGAAGCAAGAAGCUACUGAGGAUCAAUAGUCCUUUUUUCAGGAUCUUACAAAUUCUUUAAAUAAUUUUACAAAAGUCUAUUAUACCAAGAAUGCUUGGGCCGUAUCUGCAGUCAACCAGCUUGAUAAAUAUAUUUAUUCUUUAAAACUUAAUUUAUAUUAUUAAGUUAUCAUAUCUAUAGCUUAACAUGAGCCAUGUUAAGCUAUAGCAAUAAUAUUAUAUAUUUUGCGGUCCCAAUUGUUUUGCUAUAUAAAUAAGUAGAUUGGUACUCACUCCCCUAUCUACUAAUAAUAAAAUAAAAACAUUCUAAUUAUAUUCGAUAUUAUUAAUAAUUGUCAUUUGUGAAUAUAAUUUAUACUUAGGUAGAUUAUAUAAAUGAAAAUAACAGUGUUUCAAAUA